UAAUUCUAUUUUGCCAAUGUUUUCAAAUCCGUUGACGAAAAUAAUUUUCAUUAUGCCAAACAAGGUUCUCGGUGAUAGCAGAAUAAGAUUACUAUAGCAGUCAGUGUACAACUUUUAAUACUACUAAGUGCUAACUAAAUGCAUAUUCCAUGACUUCCUCCUCACUGACCAAAACGCCCCGCCUCAACACCAUCCAACUACUUCUGCUUACGGCAAAGACUUGACUCUGGACUCUGGACUCUGGACUCUGGCCUUGCCUUUGGAGCAUACAUUUUAAAGUAAAACUGGAAAAAAUUAGUUGUUUGUUUCAAACACAGAUUAGUUCUUCAUUUCUAUGCUUGAUCAUCGGAAUUCGGCAAGUAGGCGGCGGUAAGGCGGAGGGAGAUGUUGGGGGCUUGUUACAGACCGUGGGAGAGCUGUUUAGGUGGCGGACGCGGCGGUGAUGGGCUGUUGUGGCACAUGGACUUGAAGCCACAUGCCUCUGGUGACUAUUCCAUAGCAGUUGUACAAGCUAAUUCUUCAUUGGAAGACCAGGGUCAAGUUUUCACAUCUCCUUCUGCUACUUAUAUUGGCGUUUAUGAUGGCCAUGGCGGCCCUCAAGCUUCCCGCUUCAUCACUAACCGCCUUUUUCCUUUCCUCCAGAAGUUUGCACUGGAACAAGGAGGUUUGUCUGAGGAGGUGAUAAAGAAGGCAUUUAAUGCUAUUGAGGAGGAAUUUUUGCAUUUCGUGAAGAGUUCAUGGUUGUCUCAGCCACAGAUCGCGUCAGUAGGCUCAUGUUGUCUUGUUGGAGCAAUAGCAAAUGGUGUUUUAUAUGUGGCAAACGUUGGUGACUCGAGGGCUGUGCUAGGUAAGAGAGUAAUAGGUUGCCCUGAAAGUAAUUCGUCUACCGUGGUGGCAGAACGUUUGUCCACUGAUCAUAAUGUUGGCAUCGAGGAGGUGAGGAAGGAGAUUGAGGCACUUCAUCCGGAUGAUGCACACAUUGUUGUUCAUACUCGUGGAGUUUGGCGAAUUAAGGGCAUUAUUCAGGUAUCUAGGUCCAUUGGGGAUAUAUAUCUUAAGAAACCCGAAUUUAACAGAGACCCUAUGUUCCAGCAAUUUGGAUACCCUGUGCCUCUGAAAAGGGCUGUCAUGUCAGCUGAGCCGUCGAUAUUAAUUCGAAAGUUAAGGCCACAAGACUUGUUCUUAAUAUUUGCAUCAGAUGGCCUGUGGGAGCAACUGACCGAUGAGGAAGCUGUGGAAAUUGUCGUUAAGAAUCCCAGAAUUGGAAUUGCAAAGCGAUUGGUGAGAGCUGCCUUGCAAGAGGCCGCUAAGAAAAGAGAAAUGAAAUAUAAUGACAUAAAAAGACUAGAAAAAGGAGCUAGGCGCCAUUUCCACGAUGACAUUACUGUGAUUGUGAUUUAUCUUGAUCAUCAAGGCUCUCCAACUUUUAGACUGAAGGAUACUGGAAUCUUCGACUGCACUAGUGUCCCUGUUGAUAUCUAUUCUCUGAAUUCGGAUCAUGCAGACAAUACACCCCAGGUUUCUCCUUGACAAUCCCGGGUACACAAUCACUCUAUCCUGUAAAUAUUGUUUCCCUUUCGAAACAGGGUUCGGAUGGAGCUUUCGGAGCCAUUGAUAGAAGGAAGGGGUCAUGUAUAUUACCCUUGUGAGGAAGGGUUGUGUCCAAAUUAAUGACUUCCCCGCUGGGUUUUUUUCACCUCAUCUUGCUUUCUCUGUCCUAGGGAGUGUUGUAUUUGUUAGAUACAGACGUACCCGUGUAACCAUGUAGAAUAAUAAAACAGCGUUUCAGCUUGCGGAUAGGGAACAUAAAGUUGAUCAGUCAUCGUUUGGAAUCACACUGGUGCCAAAGAGUAUAGUAGCCAUGCUUGGUCUUACAUUUAUGUGAUGUGAUGCCCUCAUUCUUUACCAAAAAUGCCAUGCAAUUUCCCGAGUUUGAAUUUGUUUC